CUGCCUCCUCUUGCUUCUCCGCUCAGACCUCUCUUCUCCUCUAUCCUGACCAUCAACUCAGCCUUCCCGAUCACUAUGGCCACUCCGCAGCUCGCCAACAACGACGACAGCAGCAACAAUAAUGAAGUUCGGAUCGACCUUCCCGGGGAUGAAAUCCUCCAAGGAAUUGCCACCGGCAACUCGAGGAAGCUCGCGGGGUCGCUGUUUUGGAUUGGACUUGCCACACUGGCGGUGGUCGUGAACAGGAGUUUGUACAAGCCGCCCCCGGGAUCCAUCUUCGAGGGCCACCAGAUCGCUUACUACCUCACCCUCUUUGGCAUCUUCCUUGCCGGGGUCGCCGAGGUGUUCGUCGGCAGCUUGCUCUUCUCCCAGCAGGGCCAAGACGGCGGGAGCGGUCGUCGUGCGUUCAGGGUGCCCCUCGUCUGCGCUUCCUUGGUGCUGCUCGGCGCCCUCAUCGCUCCCGGCGGCACCUCCUUCAUCGUGAUGGGCUAAUCAUCGGGUUCCGUACGUAUUCGACGACA